CACAUUGACAUGGCUUCGUUUACUGUCGAGCAAGUUGCUACACAUAAUACUGACAAGGACAUUUGGAUUAUCGUUCAUGGCAAGGUAUACGAUGUUACUCACUUUUUAAACGAGCAUCCUGGCGGGAAAAAAGUACUGCUCAAGGUUGCUGGCAAGGACGCUACCAAACAGUUUGACCAGUUUCACAAUGCAGCAAUUCUCGAAAAAUUUGGUCCUGGUUUGCUGAAAGGAGCUCUUGGAUCUGGUGCUGCUCCGACCCAUGUGGCUGCUGCUCCAACCCAUGUGGCUGCUGCCCCUGAAGCACCCCUUGAAGGUAUUGCCGAGGGUGAAACCUUUGGUGAAAUGAUUCCAUUCGGUGACCCAUAUUGGUAUUCUGAUUGGUAUUCUCCUUACUACUCCGAGUCGCAUCGCAAACUUCGUUCCUAUGUACGGAAUUUUGUUGAAAAGGAAGUCAUGCCCAACUGUCAUGAAUGGGAUGAAGCCAAGCAACUUCCUCGUGAAUUGUUUACCAAGGCUGGUAAUGCUGGCAUCCUUCAACUCAUUAAUGGCACUCCGUUUCCAGAAAAGUACUCUGAACGUCCUCCGCCUGUAGGCAUCAAGCCAGAAGAAAUGGAUGUAUUCCACGAAUUUAUUGUGGCUGAUGAACUUGCUCGAUGUGGAUCUGGCGGUGUACUGUGGGGCUUGAUUGGUGGUCUUGGAAUUGGCUUACCACCCAUUAUCCACUUUGGAUCUGAUUAUCUAAAAGACAAGGUUGUCAAGGAUUGCAUUCAAGGUCGAAAGAAUAUUUGUCUGUGCAUCACCGAACCCAGUGCAGGAUCUGAUGUAGCUAAUCUGAUGACCGAGGCAAAAAAAACUCCCAAUGGCGAGCAUUAUAUUGUUAAUGGAGAAAAAAAGUGGAUUACCAAUGGAGUGUUUGCAGAUUAUUUCACGGUUGCCGUUCGUACUGGUGGUCCAGGUAUGAAUGGUGUGUCCUUGCUACUGAUUGAAAAGUCGAUGCCAGGUGUCAAAACCCGACACAUGCCAUGUUCUGGUGUCUGGGCCUCUGGAACGACUUACAUUACAUUUGAGGAUGUCAAAGUUCCUGUCAAAAACCUUAUUGGCAAGGAAAACAAAGGGUUCAAAUGCAUCAUGUAUAAUUUCAAUCAUGAGCGCAUGGGCAUUGCUAUUCAAGCUACACGGUUUGCUCGUGUUUGUGUCGAAGAGUCCAUCAAGUAUGCCCACAAGCGUAAAACAUUUGGAAAAAAACUCAUUGAUCAUCCUGUUAUCCGUAACAAGCUUGGUCACAUGGUACGCAAAGUAGAAGCUACUCACGCAUGGAUGGAGUCCCUUUUAUACCAAACCAAAUGCAUGCCAGAAGACCAACAAAUGCUCAAGCUUGGUGGUCCGAUUGCGUUGCUCAAAGUUCAAUCCACCCAAACCAUGGAAUUUUGUGCUCGCGAAGCAGCUCAAAUCUUUGGUGGACUAUCCUACUCCCGUGGUGGUCAAGGUGAAAAAGUCGAGCGACUUUAUCGUGAAGUUCGUGCAUAUGCCAUCCCAGGUGGAUCAGAGGAAAUCAUGAUUGAUUUGGGUAUUCGACAAAGUAUCAAGGUUGCUCAAUUUAUGGGUGCAAAACUUUGAACCCAAGUCGGUAAAACCCUUAUAUACCUAUGCUCAUUCUUGUCUUGAAAUUCCUGGUCUUGGUUUCAAACCAUACACCUUUCAAACGUGUCAAAAUAAACCAAGAUUUCCGGAAAACAUCAG